AUCAGCUCCUUCUGCUGAACUCCUACACACACGCGCGCACACACAUACCCCGCUUAAGUAUAAUCUGAAUCUCCCAACGAGAUGACGCACGCGGGGAGGAAAAGGCAGCCCAGCGCCUCUGUAUUCCGAGUCCACAUUUGGUCUGACUUUCUCCAAGUGGCUCCGCUCCGCAUCCCUCGCUCCCUCCCGGCUAAGAGUGCGCCCGUCGGGUGCGGUGUCGUGGAAAACGGACCUAACCCAACGCAGGAGUGAAGUUUUAGCAAAAGGGGGACCUGAAGGACAUGAGGCUUUGCCCUCCCCGGGGUGGGAGGGAUUGUAGACAACCGAAGGCGCGGAGACUAUGUGUCCAGGGAGGCAGCGAUGAACUGAAGAGUUGACUCUCCUUCCCAUGGAAAGCAAGGGAGUGGGAAUGAGAAACUUUGCCGGCAAGAGCUACUAGGGCAAGGGCACCGAAGGAGCCAACAGAUGGAAUUAAACUGAAGCCAAGUGGUUUUAACAAAAAGAAGACAACGAAGAAGAACAAUCUUCAUCCUUCCAGAGCUUCAAUUCAUCAUGGCGGCAGGUGUAGCAGCAUGGCUGCCCUUUGCCAGAGCAGCUGCCAUAGGAUGGAUGCCAGUAGCCAACUGUCCUAUGCCUCUGGCCCCAACAGAUAAAAACAGACGGCAGGAUGAGCUGAUAAUUCUUAAUGUGAGUGGUAGGCGCUUCCAGACAUGGAGGACUACAUUGGAAAGAUAUCCCGACACUCUCCUUGGCAGCACAGAAAAAGAGUUCUUCUUCAAUGAAGAUACAAAGGAAUAUUUUUUUGACCGGGACCCUGAUGUAUUUAGGUGUAUCUUAAACUUUUACAGAACUGGCAGGCUGCAUUACCCAAGAUAUGAGUGCAUCUCAGCCUAUGACGAGGAGCUUGCCUUCUAUGGGAUCCUACCUGAUAUAAUUGGGGAUUGCUGCUAUGAAGAGUACAAAGAUAGGAAACGGGAAAAUGCUGAAAGAUUGAUGGAUGACAAUGACUCUGAAAACAACCAAGAGUCUAUGCCAGCCUUGAGCUUCCGGCAAACCAUGUGGCGAGCUUUUGAGAAUCCCCAUACCAGCACCUUAGCCUUAGUCUUUUACUAUGUCACCGGCUUCUUUAUUGCUGUCUCUGUGAUCACCAAUGUCGUAGAGACUGUGCCGUGUGGCACAGUCCCUGGCAACAGGGAACUGCCAUGUGGGGAGAGAUAUGUAAUGGCUUUUUUCUGCUUGGACACAGCUUGUGUUAUGAUUUUUACAGUUGAAUAUCUUAUGCGACUCUUUGCAGCCCCCAGUCGCUAUAGGUUCAUCAGGAGUGUGAUGAGCAUCAUUGACGUGGUGGCCAUUAUGCCCUACUACAUUGGCCUGGUGAUGACUGACAAUGAAGAUGUGAGUGGAGCCUUUGUGACUCUGAGAGUUUUCAGGGUGUUCCGAAUUUUCAAGUUCUCCCGCCACUCUCAAGGCUUGCGAAUCUUGGGGUACACUCUGAAGAGCUGUGCCUCUGAGCUUGGUUUUCUCCUCUUUUCUCUCACGAUGGCAAUCAUCAUAUUUGCUACUGUGAUGUUUUAUGCAGAGAAAGGAUCUUCCUCCAGCAAGUUCACCAGCAUCCCAGCUUCGUUUUGGUACACUAUUGUCACCAUGACAACCCUGGGUUAUGGAGAUAUGGUACCCAAGACAAUUGCUGGCAAGAUCUUUGGCUCCAUUUGUUCACUGAGUGGUGUGCUUGUUAUUGCACUUCCUGUCCCAGUUAUUGUUUCCAACUUCAGUCGGAUUUAUCAUCAGAAUCAAAGAGCUGACAAGCGACGAGCACAGAAGAAAGCCCGGCUGGCCAGGAUUCGUGUGGUUAAGACAGGCAGUUCCAACGCCUACCUUCACAGUAAGCGCAAUGGCCUCCUUAAUGAAGCACUGGAGUUGACGGGGUCUAUGGAUGAUGAACACAACAUCAGCAAAACUACUUCUAUCAUUGAAAGUCAGCACCACCACCUGCUGCACUGCUUGGAAAAAACAACUGGAUUGUCCUAUCUUGUGGAUGAUCCCCUGUUAUCUGUACGAACUUCCACCUUCAAGAACCAUGAAUUCAUCGAUGAGCAGAUGUUUGAGCAGAACUGCCUGGAGAACUAUCCAUCCACUCGUAGUCCCUCCCUCUCAAGUCACCAUGGCUUGUCCACCUCCUGCUGUUCCCGACGCAGCAAGAAGACAACGCACCUCCCCAAUUCCAGUGUGCCAGCAACUCGGCUGAGAAGCAUGCAGGAGCUCAGUACCAUACACAUCCAGUGCAGUGAACAGCCCUCACUCACAACAAGUCGUUCCAGUUUAAAUAUGAAAUCGGAUGAUGGGCUGAGACAGAACUGCAAAGCCUCCCAAAUAACAACAGCAAUCAUCAGCAUCCCAACACCACCGGCCCUGACACCAGAAGGUGAAAGCCGGCCUCCUCCAUCUAGUCCCAGCCACUCUACGAACAUUGCUAGCAGCAACAUUGUCAAGGUCUCUGCUUUGUAAGAUUGUGUUGGUCAAAGGAGGUGGCUUGGAAGAAGGCCAACAUUCCUCUCCCUUUCCCCGCCUCCAUGUUCCUUCUUUGCUGCAUAUUGUGCCUAGAUGGAUGACUGGACGGACAGUGAGACCAAUCCGAUUGACAUCUAAGAAUUAACCAUGGGAGCCCUCAUGGGGCAGCUUCCCUCAAACUCAUGUUCAUGCUGCAGAGUGAGCUCAGGAGAAAUGGGAAGCUGGGGGGCGUGUGUGGAAGGAUGAAGGAAGGCACUCUCUUCGUUUGUAAACACGCCUUGUUCCAGGAUAUGAGGCAUAUAGUAGUUCCCAGAAAGUGGAAGAGAUGUCCUGUCAUAGCGACGAGAAAGUCAAUAAAGAAGCAGAAUUAUAACACUGUGUAUCUCAGCACCUUUUAAAAGGUUUUUAAUGGAUAAUAUUUAUUCAUGAGGAAAUGACUGAAAAAAGGUGAUAAAAAUGGAUUUUGUGAUUUCUUUUUUCCUUCAUGCAGCAGGAUCCUUAAUCAACCAAAACUACACUUUUUUUUCUUUUCUAGCUGAAGGUUUUAGACAAAGAAGCCACCUUGUCACCAGGAAUUUAAUUUCCAUCUUUUAUGUGUAUGUGUGUGUGCGUGUGCGCAAACGAGCAAGCAAGCAAAUCACAAAAACUUGGCACCCUUCAGCUACAGAUGCUCUGAGCACAGCUUCCUGUUUCUGGGCUCAACCCUGCAAAGACUUACGGUUUGCAUGGUCCACACAAGCUUCGUCAUGCCUGUAGAACCAAUGGUUCUGCUCGCUGUGCAUCUGUUUCUGCAUGAGUGUGUCUUUGCAGGCUUCAGCCUUUUUAGUGCACAGUAGCAAAACAAACAUCUGCAUGCAAUCACACACGCGCACACACAAACAAGCACCAAUAAAAACUUUCAUUGUGGAUGGCAUUUUUUUUCUUCAGAGAGUUUUUUUUUGUAAUUGCCUUUAACUCAACACAAAUUGCAGUUGCAAACAGUGUAUUUGUCUGCUAAUUAUUGUCUGGGGGGAUCAUAUUUGUGGGGAAGAAAACAGGCUUUGGUAGUCAACCACAAUUUUUUGCUUUUUUAAGAAAAGAUUAUUUUGUUAUCACUGGCUUGUAAAGAGUGUGACUAGUUAAAUUAGUCCUAUACUUUUAAAAGUCUAAAAUGGUGAGCCUAGGGAAUUAUACUUUUUUAUCCUGUACACACAAGUUUCAAAGAGGACAAACCAUACAAAGCAACUGUGCCAGAUGUUCAUAAAUAGUAAUCUAGGCCCAUGCUUUCUUUUUUCUGCUUUAUAUGUGUUUCUUUAAUAGUAAUGGAAAUGUCUGCCAUUGUAUAUAGUAGCCAGAUAGUGGAUCUGUCCUUGGUAGGAUUACUUCAGGAGCCAAAUGUUUUGCAUGGACUGACAGUGUGUCUCAUUUUGUUAUACAGUCCUGUGGCUCUUAGUAAUAGUAAGUGACUGGGAUGCAUCAACUUGAUGGUUAAAGCAAUUAAAUAAUAUUGGACUUUCCCUUGUUAAAGCAUCGUUUUCUGUCAAAGAGGAGGGUUGCUUCUAGAUUUUUGAGGUCUACUUUAUAUUAGAGUACCAUUUCUAAUCAAUUUAUAAAACACUGUUAAUAGAUGGUUUAAAUAAUAUGUAUGUUUCAAAAUAGCUCACCAAUUGUUAAAUAUUGUUAUACUGUUUAGAAAGUUUAGGACUGUGAGUUAUAACCAUCUACAAGGUUUUAUACCAAUGUUCUCCUAACAGACCUCCCUUAGGUGCCAGUCUGAGGGAUCUCCAUCCAUGUCAACAAAACUUAGGCGAAUACAGAGCUCUGUGGAUUGUGCCCUUCAUCCGUCACAAUGUUUGCACAGUUUAUUCAUCUCUUUGAACUCAUCUACCCAUCAAUGUAUUGUGUAUCCCUUUUCCAAACAUGUUUAUGUUGCCCACAUCAUACCACCCUUUGCAGCUUUGCUUUGCUUGUUCAAAAGCACCUCAAAAUUUAACUCAAAACAUUUUAGAUAGACAUUGUGUUGCUUUUUAAAAACUGAGGAGGCUUCAUAAACAAAACCAAUCAUUCAUAAAAUAUUAAGCUCUAUUGCAGUGAAACUUAUUAUUCAAGCUUUUGUUCACACAUGUAUUUUCAUUUAAACUUUACAGGCAUUGAACAAAUAUUUCUCAGACCCUGCACAAAAAUGUAGAAGGGGGAAUUAUAGAUUGUCCUGUGGUCAGAUACCUUUAGCCAGUCAAAAACUAAAAUAAAUACCAACUUGUUUCUUGGUUUCUUCCCUAUUUUCUCAGAGAGUUUACACCCACUUCUGUUUAAUCUGUUGAAAAAGAAAGUUCCAUGCAAGUUCUAUACAAAACCAGAACCACAUAGGAUACAACAGGCGUGGGCAAACUUGGGCCCUCCAGGUGUCUGGACUUCAACUCCCACAAUUUCUAACAGCCUUGGGUCCCUUUCUUUUCCCCCUUUGCUGCUUAGGAAAGGGCCUGAGGCUGUAAGGAAUUGUGGGAGUUGAAGUCCAAAUACUCGGAGGGCCCAAGUUUGCCCAUGCCUGGUAUACAACAUUAGUAGUUAAGCUGGAGUCAUAGUGCAAUUAUUGCCCAGUGUCAAAGAACUCACUAUAUUGAAGCAAGGACUUGGAAAAGGUGGAUAUAUUGUAAAUAUGUCCUACCAUAACUGGAUUCCUCAUCACGGAACCUGGAAAAAGCUUCUGAUAAUUGCAAGAUUCCAAGUAGUGCAGUUUAAAUCACAUACAAACAUUUACAGUAAGAUAAGGUAGCUCUUCAUUUACCCUCAGUCGCAUUCAGAUCCAAUAACAAUUUUUCAGCAUCAGGCAUUUACCUUUCAGUGAAUGAAGGCAUACUACUGAGAUUCAAUGUUGUCCUUCAAGUUUCUCCAUAGUGUAUAAACUCUUAAAAAUUAAGCAACACGCAUUCCUUGCUUUCACUAUUUUCAUUAUCUCUCUAGUGAUCCUGCUUCCCUUGUGAGAGAACUGACCAUUAGACUCUCAGUGAUGCCUACAUUAAAUGUUCCUUUAUUUCAUUUACCUUCAUUACAUCUCAUAUUACUUUAGCGAUCAGGUUCUACUUGCUCAAUUUGAGGUUUGAUCAUCCACUACCUUUAACAGCUUGUUUUGGCUUUUACAUCUGUGCAAAAGAAAACUAAAAAAGAAAAAUGUUUUAUGCACAUGCAGUACAUUUCACACAAGUUGUAGCUGCAAGCUUGGCCUGAUAUAAAGUGAUACAAUAUGUAAACCAAAAGGGUCCCAAGGCUUUUGGGGAAGGCUGUACUUCAUCAAACUGGCCUUUUCCAUCCACACCUACCAUGGAUUGUUUCACCAUCAGGAGCUACUAUUCAUCUUUUAAAUAGGCCGAUGGUGUCCUCUCUUUUAACAUCCAAUAUAGCACUAUUUCAAAAUACAGUAAAAGUGAACUUCUGGCAUUUCUGGACCACAUUUUUAUUUCUGGAAGUGAGAAUUUUGGGGUACUCUCUCAAGAGUUGCACACUGUCUUGUGGAGCCACUGGGAGGAGACCAAUGUGACUAUCAAGGUGAUCAAAGAUCUGUAAGCCCAGCCUUUCGAGGAGUGACUUAGGGAAUAGGCAUACUUAGCUUCAAGAAUAAAAGAUAGAUGGCAUAAUUGCUGUUGUUGUUGCAUGCCUUCAAGCCAUUUUCAACCUAUGGUGACCCUAAGGUUUGUUAGAUAGGUUUGGGUAAGAGAGAGUGAUUUUUUUGAGGUCAUGCAGUGAGUUUCAUGGCCGAGUGAGGAUUUAAAUUCAGAACUCCUUGAUCCAGUCAAACACUAUAACCCCAAACCAAAUUGUAUGUAUCUCCUUACUUACAAUUCUUUCACAUUCAAGACCCCAGUUCUUUGCAUAUAAGCAACCUAAAAAACAUGUGCCUUUAUUCCAAGACUUGAGAGUUUUUUCAAAAGUUGGUAUACCAGAAUGUAUAAAUAUCUAUUUCUGUCUGCAGACCUAAAUCCUAGCAUUUGGCCCAUAUGAAUUGACUCUUUGUGACAAUAUUCUUCAGUUUAUUAUUUUUCUUAUAAGUUUUUCAGUGAUUUUCUCUGGAUCAAAAACACAUAUUGGAAUGCAAACAAUCAAUGUCUGUUUUGAAUAUUUGCUUCAUUUCUUCUGUUACUUAACUAUGGUUUCUUUUGGGCCAGCUAUAACAUGGCACCAACACAUAGAAAACCUCUUGACAUUGCAGGCAACAUGCCUCUUGCCCAAGACAUGCAGAAGCGCCAACAUUACUCUUUAGUUUCCCCACCACUCAAAGCUUUGGGUUUGCAAUCAUUCAGAUGGUUAAUUUUCUGAAAGAACCUUGACCUCAACAGGAUUUAACUAUUAUAGUUUUAGUCCUUUUUAAUAAUAAUGAAUGGCAUCUGAAUCUCUAAUCUAAAUGCAAAUCACAGCAAGUAGAUUCUCUGAAUCAAUGAAAUUUACACAACUGUUGACUUCUCAAGUUUUCAUUGAUUCAAACUGGGUCUAGCAAGUGGAUUUAGGUCACAGGAAUGAGUCAGGAGUAUAUUCUAAGAACACAAGCUCUUUUCAUUCAAGGAGCAAAAAACCCCUUGGUCAUGACCCAAAAGGUCCUGUUUCCACAAUUAGAUAUGAAAAGCAGCAAUGAUUCUCAUGGAGGAAAAUGUAGUUUCCUUAUUACCCAUCCAUUUAUUAAGUUACAAUGAAAUGUUAUUUUUUAAAACUUUCAUUGCAUUGUCUUAUAAAACCACAGAUCCUGUGCAUUGAUCUCUCAACACAUCAAUAGAUUUUCUCACACCACUUGCCAUUUGAUUACAUAUUCAUAUGGCUUAUUUAAAAUCUGUAACAAAAAAUAAAGAGUGCAUCUACACUGUAGAAUUAAUGAAGUUGACACCACUUUAGCUGCCAUGGCUCAAGGUUAUAAGAGUUCUGGUUUGAUAAGGUGUCAGCCCUAUUUGGCAAAGAAGCCUGAAUACUUCACUAAACUACAACUUCCAUUUUUGUGUGUGUCAGGAGCCACUUGAGAAAUUGCAAGUUGCUUCUGGUGUGACAGAAUUGGCCGUCUGCAAGGAUGUUGCCCAGGGGACGCCCGGAUGUUUUUGAUGUUUUACCAUCCUUGUGGGAACUUUCUCUCAUGUCCCCGCAUGGGAAGCUGGAGCUGACAGAAGGAGCUCAUCUGAACUCUCCUCGGAUUCGAACCUCCAAUCUGUCAGUCUUCAGUCCUGCCAGCACAAGGGUUUAACCAAUUGCAGCAUUGGGAGCACCUUACGACUCCCAUGAUUCCAUAGCAUUGAGCUAUGACAGUUAAAGUGAUAUCAAACUGGAUUGAGACAAGUCCACACCAUGCCACACUUUUCCUAAAUUCAUUUUCCUAAGUUCCAGAUAGAUAGACUCAGUGACAUAAUUGAAAAUGGUAAGUCAACACUAUAGCAAAUUCCAGUAAUGCAGAUGGACUACUCUAAUUGGUACUAAUACAAUAGUGGUAGAAAUCUUGUGUUGCAUUGCUUGGCAUAUGUAUCAUUGUACCCCAGCUGUGGGAACUGUCUAGCUUUCUAGAGUUGUUAGACUUCAUCUAUCAACAGCCUUAGCGAUCAUAGCUAAUCCUGAGGAACACUGGGAGAUGCAGUUCAACAACUCUGUUACUGGUCAAUUAAAGCCAAACAUCAACCAUUCCACCCAUUCCACAAUAAUCUCACUGAUAUUAAUGGACCUUAUCCAAAGAUUCCUUUCAUUUCUUUAAGGAGACAAGCUUUGGUUGGAUCAUUUCUAAUGUGACAACAGAGGCAUUCUCCUGCUUCAAAAUUAUUUCCCAGUACAAUGCCUUUGAAUCUAGGAAGUAUAGCACAGACCUUAUGUAAGUAAGGAUUUUAACAAUAUUUGCGGCUUUUUUAUUACCAUCUAAGCAAAAUAGAUAAUGCUCUGCUGCAAGACUAAUCUUCUAGAUUUUAUUGCACUAAAAAGGCACUUUCCUUUCCUCUGACCAGCGCUAUGGUUGAUUUGAUAGAGAUCUCUUGGCUGAAUUUAUUAUUUUCAUUACGACAUAAUCAAAACUCAUAUUUGUGUUUUAACAUUUCUAACAAAAUGCAUCUUUUUGUUGAAUUAACCAUUAACAAAUCCUAAACAAGUGUGCUUAAAAGUGUGUUAAAUUCAGUGUUGCUUUACUUUCUAAUACAUUUCCCACCCAUUAUAUCCUGUUAGUAAUAGAGCAGGGGUCCUCAAACUUUUUAAGCCGAAGACUGGUUCAUGGUCCCUUACACUGUUGGGAGGAGGACUAUUGCUUGAAAAAAAAAUGAAUUCCCAUGCACACUGCAAAUAUCUUAUUUGUAGUGCAAAAUAAAUAAUAAUGAAAGAACAAUACAAUAUUUAAAAAGAAGAGCAAUUCUAGCCAUCAUAAACUGAGCAGUAUUUCAAUGGGAAGUCUGGACCUGCUUCUGGCAAAUGAGAUAAUCAAGUUAAUUAGGAUUGUUGUUGUUGUGUACCUUCAAGUCCUUUUAGACUUAGGGCUUCCCUAAAUCUAAAGUUUAGGGCAGAGGUUGGCUAAAUGAUCUUGGAGGGCCGGAGGCCUUAGUUUGGACCACAGGCCUUAGUUUGGGGACCCCUGGAGUAGAGGAUUGCUUCCUAAAGGAACAAAAGUUGUGGGCAGGAAUAUGAAAUCACCAAAAGAGAAAAGCAAUAAAGGGAAAUAUUUUUAUUUCAAAGUACUGAUUAGUAUUUUUUUAAAUGUGCAAAACAUUUGUAUGAAAAGGCACAUUUAUACACAUGCACCAGUAAUUUAAUUAUAUCAAAAUCCUGAGUUUAUUCGCCUCCACUGCCACCCGCAAAAAAAUUCCAUUUGAUUGUAACCAAUUUACUGUUCACUCUCAAAAAUGUACUAGUCACAGAAAAUUAAGCUCUCCCCCUCAUAACACAACGUCCAUAUAGAAAUUUAACUUCUAAUGAGGUAGUCCUAGAAUAGUUUGAUUGUAUGGGCUGCAGUUCUUAUAUUCAUUUACUUAGGUGUACAACCCAUUGAACUGUGUGGGACUCCCUUCUGAUUAAUCAAGCUUAGCAUUGUACUUGUAGCUGCAUCGAUCCAAACUCUUUGUACAUCACUCACUGUGUCUCCUGUAACAAGUCACUUUGACUUUCUGAUGUCUCAGUUUAUGUACCUGUAAAAUGCAGGUGCUUUUAAAUGUCAUCUCCAGGCUAGUGCUAAAUUCAUGAAUACUUGGUGAAUUGACAAAAAGUCUCUCAAUAAGUGCACAAAAUGGUUUUUGCAUGCAGGAUGCCAAACAGCAUGCCCCAUCACACGGAGUGAUUUUGAAUGGGUUUCAUUAUUAAAGGGACUAGAUAAAUCCUUGGAAAUAUACUGAUGGCUGUGAGUCAAGGUGCUCAGCAUUUGGCUCAAACCGCCAGAAACAGAGGACUCUGUCAUUCUUCUGUGGUGCUAUAGUGUGGAGCAGUGGUGAGCAACUAUUUCAUUUCCAGAAGCCUCAGCCAUCCUCAAUAAUGGUAAGAGAUUAUGGAACCUGUAAUACAAAACAUUUGGGGAACCAAAGGUUCCCUGCCACUGCUUCAGAUGUUCAACUGGGGCUGCUACCAAGCUUUUAGAAUAGAUCAGUGAUUUCACAAAGCCACAUUGGGUCCCAUCAAGAAUUGGAUGAUCUUACAAGAUUAGUUCUUCAAAAUGGCAUAGAUUGCUCACAAGAAAGAAGGGGCAUGCAGUACAAGGUGUUUUAAUCUAGUAUCUACAAGUCCAGGUUGCAUGGCUUAGAGACUGGAAUUCCAAUAACUAGAGAGAAAAAAUUAGGAACACAGGUGUUGAAUUCCUGUUGACCUAACCUAGAAAGACUGUUUGUUUUAUUCUUCUUUUAACAAAUGUAGAUUAACCAGUUAUGGGACCAAAUGGCAAAUAUUCCUCCUCUUGUCUUGCUUUCAGUUUAUGGUUUCUUAAUUUUGUGCAUGUGUGCAUAUGUAUGUAACUGCUUUUUGUUCCUUUGCAGAUUGAUGCUUGUCGUGGCAGGUUUAAGAGCCAUGCAAGUGUGAGAAUAAGGUCCUUAUUGUAUCUUUUUCUCAGUUUUCUGUUGUGAGCACGACUGGAGUUUCAGCUGGCUCCACAGACCAAUGACAUAUAUUAACAGAACAUGUGUGAUGGUAUAUUUUUUGAGAAAUCAGUGAGACAUUCCAAUGCACCGGUGUUUGCAUUAGAGGAUUUAUGUUGUUACCAGGAUUUUCUGAGUUGUAUUAUUUUCUAUUUUCAUACUCUAAAUGGGCUUUGCUUACAAAACAUCACAACUGACUGAGACAAAAUGUACUGUACAAAACUGCAGGUAGAUUCAUUUGAGAACAACUUUCUAAAGAAUCCUAAGUUUCCUGUUGUCUUCUUUUGGAACUGUAGUGCAUAUGUUGAAACUUGUAUAUCAUUUACAGUACUGCGUCCUGUGCCACUGCUGUACCUGAUGUAUCCAAUCUGGAUUAAAUGGAAUAUGUGCCACAAAGCACUGAA